CCUCGGCAGUAUAUCUGCAACAGGCACCUACUUCUCGUGUCGCUGUGCAAACUCACAUGGUAGCACCAGCGACAUAUGCAUGUCCUGCACACAACAUGGCCAAUGAAAACGGGCACAUAAUAAUGUCGUGAAAAAAAACUUACUCACUAUAAAACUAAUCUACUCUGUUUCUUGCUCUGUAGUUGGUUAUACAAUGUCAUCUCCAAUUCUUCCAUUCACUGAAGCCAAUACAAAGCGGGUUUCUGCCUUGUUAAGAAGAUCCCUCCGUCUUGCUUGGGACCACACAACUAAGUUCCAAGCAUACAGAACUGCCACCAUUCAAAUCCGUCAACAAUUCGAAUCCAAUAGAGAUGUAAAUGACCCUCAACAAUUACAAGACAUUAUUGAAAAGACCGAAGCUAAAUUGUACGAAUGGAGAAACCCAGAUCCAGUUAUUCCUCCUUCCAGACCAGGUGGUACCAAAUACGAAAGAAACCUCAAAUUGCCUGCUGAACCAGUUGUGCCAGGUGAUUGGUAGGUACAGCAUCCCCUUUUCAUGAAGAGCUGGACCUACGACAAUGCAUUAUCUCAGAAAGUUUAUACAGGCUAUGUAUGUAAUUUUACGUUCUUAUUAUUAUUAUUAUUAUUAUUAUUGAAUUUACGGAAGUAACAAUGUCAAAUUGUAUGUCAAUACCAACAGAUCUAUGAUCCUGUGUGAAUAUAUCUCCCACAUGUUAUUGAAUUCUUCAAUAGAAGAUAUGAAAUUUGAAAUUGUCUAUUGUGUUCUAUUGCUACAUACUGAUACUGUAAAUCGUCUAUUAAUCCUUCUUCUCGUCCUUAAUCUUUUGCAAUCUUUGCGCUUCAGUGAGACCCAACUUCGUCAUCUCUUCUCCAUACACCUUACAAUAGUCCAUAGCACUAUCCAAGACACAUUUGUUCAUCUUAACGUCCUUGAUAUUCUCAUCCCACUCUCCGGUAUACAAUCCAUCAAUCACUCUCCCCACAUCUUUCAAGUGCAACAAAAGAUUGUUGGAAUCUCCCGUACUCAAAGUAAGUGUCAUAUAAUCAGUCCCGGAUUCCUUGUGGUAUUCCCAGUUGGAAAUCCCGUUGGGAAUGAUAAUAUUCAAAUCCUCCUUAUCACAAAGCCCAAGUUUUUCACGUUCACUUCUAAUUGGAACAUCAAACCCAAGCGAACUCGACAUGUGCGUGACUUUGAACUUGGAUCCUUGACGACUGAAUACGAAAAAGUGGGGACGGUAUAUUUCCUUACCGCAUCCACACUUCUUCAAAUGGGUACGCACAAACCCAAUCCAGAUUGACUUGUCGGUUUUCCUGAUCGUGCUCAAGGGCAAGAGUUCAGUACCUCCUCGAAUAGGACCAAUUGUAUCGCUGGGGGUUUCAAAUACGACACCACAGUUGGAAAUAGUAUCCAGGACAAGAUGGGCCAAUUCACAUUUUAAAACCUUAAGAUUGUGCCAUUCGUACACAAAGUAGAUGUGGGUAUCGUACGGAUUUCUUUCAGCGGGGUCAACAAAUGCUGACCAGUUCUUUUCCAUGUCCUUCGGUUUGCCCAGCCCUUCAAUCUUCAAUUCUCGAAUCUUGUUAUAAGUGACAUUGGCAUACUUUUCAUCUGGAUUACACUCAGCUAUUUGCUUGCCCUUUUGGAACUGGAAUAACCAUCCCAUGAACAUAGCUCGAUAGUUGUGGCACCUGGCUGGUUGGCCCUCAUCAACGACAAUUUCCUGUUCAUGUUGGGCAUUGAAAAUGACUACUGGUUCUUCGUGACCAUUUUCGUUCUUGACCAAAAGAAGUCUGGCGUCUUCAGGGCCAAACCACACCCCUUGCAAAUUAUGGUAGAAUGGAAUGGGCAUAAACCUUGGAAAUUGAAGAAUGGUAUCGGAGUUGGGCAACUUCAACUCAACGUUAUGCAAAAGUUCCCAAUGUUCAUUGUAUACUUGGGCAUAAAGCAACGACAUAUGGGCGUCCCAUCUUACCCCGAAUUUAGAAUAUGAUACCCGACUAACCAUAAGAUGUACCCCGUAAUCCUUCAACCACACAGACGUACCAGCGAAUUUGUAAAAGUAUUUGUACACAUUGUCGUCCUGGAUCAUCUUGGGAACUUUACCCUCAAAGAACUCUGCUAGCUCCUGAAAUGCUUCAUCAUUGGCAAGCUGGUCAAUCAAAACAUCUGCCAUUUGGUCGUAGUCUUCUCUAAACACGUGAAACUUCUUCACAUUGAAUGUAUGGUCACUCUUGGUUGUCUCACAGAAGUUCUCGUCUGUAUCUUGCAAAGAGGUGUAUAAAUGGAACGGAUGGUCAUUGUACUCACCAGUGAUGAGGUCAUUAGUCACUGCCGAUGAGUUGCCGCUGUACAUAAGCUUAAACCGUCCUUCUUCAGCAGCUAACAGGGCAGCACUAGAGGCUCCGUUCUUGGGAAACACAACGAGUCUAUCACCAACAGAUGAUACCGGCUGAAGCUUGGCAAAUAUGUUGCUGUGGAAAUUGUAGAUUGGUUGUUUAAUGUAUCGGUCAAUAUGCCCGGCCUGGGGCGAUAAUACCCACAAGGGCCAGGCGCAUAUGAUGAAUACUACUAAAAAGAUAGAGAUUCUCUUCCAGAUGUUGUGGUUGCUCAAGUUAAAUAGCGGUUUAUACAGCAUUGCUCUUGUUCAUGUACUGUUAGUAACGAGAUGUUUUUGAUAAAUUAAGGGCUUCCAUAUGAUAGAAAAUACUUCAGGUACCUCCCCCAAAAUAUCACAGCCACGAAAAUAUCGAAGGCUU